GUUAAGCAGGGAGGAGGGAAAAAACAGAGUCAGCUGCACGUCACGUGUACACUUUGGUUACUUUUGCGGAAACAUGUGGAGGGGAUCACGCUUUUCUUUUCUCUAUUCUGGAUUAAAACAGUUAAUUGCAGAAUUUGGUGCACGUCCUGACUCCCCAUCUCCUCCAGUAGGUGGCGCUGCAGCGUGGGACUCACUGCAGACCCUUCGCCUCCCUUGAUCGGUACCACUUCACCUGCUGUUUUUGCGCACUGGGAAUCACGAUCUACACACAGACUAUGCACCAUCCCCAAAUCCUGACGAGCAAAUGUCAAGCCGGAUUUAUUUUUCUCUUUUACAUUUUUUAAUUUAAAACUUUUGAAAUUUUUUCUUCAAUAUGUUCAAAAUGCGUCGGUCCUGCUUGGUUUUUGUGACUUUUAUAAAACUAUCUAUUUUCCACCCUGUGGUGUUUGUUAUCACGGUGGUUGUUGUUCAUCCGUUUGUGUUUGGCUGAUUUUUGCACCUUUCUCCGGAUAGUUGCUCCUGCUGCUACAGCAUCGCAGGAUCUGGAGUCUGACCAUCACCUGCCACCAGAUGCAACUCGUCAACAGAAUCGCUGCUUUGGAUGUAUCGAGCAGAAACAAGGUGAUGAGGACACUUUUGGGUCUUUUGCGCAUGUUGUUUGUUUUCACAGCCAGAUGGAAGAAUGCGCAUCUGUAAGUUUAACAAAAACAGAAAACAGAUUAGUGUGGUUUCCUCCUAAAGUAUUUUUAUGCAAUACAAUGCCAUCACGUUUUGGAUACUGAUGCAUAACUUUCAAAUACUGACCGUUAUUAGCCAUCGGCAACUCAUCUUCUUGAUAGAUGAUGUCAGAAAAUAGUAAAAUAACUUAAAGUUGACUCGUGUUUGACUCAGAGUCAGAGAAGGACCGAAUGACUUCCACCUAAAAGACAACACCUGUAUCACACACGGACCUGGCAUUGGUUUUACGCACGCGUAAUCCCCAAUGUCUGUGAUGAACGGAGAAAGACGCAGCGCCAUGGCUCAUGAGGAGUAUCUGACUUGGGGUGACUUUCGCUAUCAGGAGCAGGCCUGGUCCCGUGAAUAAUCGCAGCAUGCCCUCUUGGCCCAAUAACUCGGAGUGCCUCUCCCAUAACUGCAGCUGGGAGGAGACCCACAACACCACAGAAAUCACUGACCUCCCCGGGCCUCCACUCAAUUACUACUCCAUCCCCCUCCUCACGGUGAUCACAGUCGCCUGCACGCUGCUGUUUCUGGUCGGAGUGGCUGGAAAUGUGAUGACCAUACUGGUGGUCAGCAGGUUCCGGGACAUGCGGACCACCACGAACCUGUACCUGUGUAGCAUGGCGGUCUCCGACCUGCUGAUUUUCCUCUGCAUGCCUCUGGACCUGUACCGCAUGUGGCGCUACAGGCCGUGGCGCUUCGGGGACGCGCUCUGCAAACUCUUCCAGUUCGUGUCAGAGUCGUGCACGUACUCCACCAUCCUGAACAUCACAGCGCUGUCAGUGGAGCGCUACCUGGCUGUCUGCUUCCCGUUGCGCGCAAAGGCCCUGGUUACCAAAAAACGCGUGCGCGCACUGAUUUUUGUCCUUUGGACUGUUUCCCUUAUGAGCGCUGGUCCCGUGUUCGCCAUGGUGGGAGUGGAGCGGGACUACGUAGACCCAACCAACCUGAGAUGGAUGAAUGAAACUGGCUUGUUUUUGGAUGUUGGUGACACCCGGGAGUGUAGAAUGACGCAUUACGCAGUGCAGUCUGGCCUGAUGGGGGCCAUGGUGUGGCUGAGCUCCGUGUUUUUCUUCAUGCCAGUGUUCUGUCUCACAAUGCUGUACAGCCUAAUAGGCCGCCGGUUGUGGCAGAGACAGAGGGAGACCAACGUGAGUUCCCGUGUGUCUCACAGGGACAAAAGCAACAGACAGACCAUCAAGAUGCUGGUGGUGGUGGUUCUGGCCUUCGUCCUGUGCUGGUUACCGUUCCACGUGGGUCGCUACCUGCAGUUCCGCUCCCUGGACGCACCGUCUCCGCUUCUUUCCGUCCUGUCCGAGUACUGUAGUCUGGUCUCUGUAGUUCUCUUCUACCUAAGCGCUGCAAUAAACCCGAUCCUCUACAACACCAUGUCCUGGAAAUACCGGGGCGCAGCGGCGCGUCUCUUUGGUCUGGCAGACAGUCAGCCAUCGCGGUGCCGCACAGCCAGCACCCUGAAGGGAGACGGCUCAAAUGGCUGGACUGAAUCUACAGUGAGCUUAUGAAGAUUCAAAGGAAGAAGAAAAGUUGAAAAGUCUUACCUGAAGCAACAGUUUCACCAAAAUAUAGGUUUAAAACAGGAGCCGAGGGCCAGAACUGUAAUUUUUAAAUUGUUGCAUUUCAGCAAAUGCCACACACUGCUCAUGCAACACAAUCAGCUCCAUUUACAAAGCAAGACAUGUGUAAAAAGUGAGUGUAAAACCUAUUUAAUCACCUUUCUGAAGCGUUUGACGACCCCCAUAGCAACCCGGGAGCGCGCAUCACGUGCAUUCCGAACAUAAACAACACAAACAACUGCCUUAUGUAAUCUGGAUGACAAAGGAAGCACUGUAGAAUUUGUGACGCGUCUCUAAGCUCCUUCAGGGAAGGGGCAGGGAUGCAGUGUGUGUGUGUGUGUGUGUGUGUGUGUGUGUGUGUGUGUGUGUGUGCGUGCGUGCGUGCGUGCGUGCGUGUGUGUGUGUGUGUGUGCGUGCGUGCGUGUGUGUGUGUGUGCGUGCGUGUGUGUGUGUGUGUUUGCAGCAGAAUCUGACUGAUGUACUUUAAUAUUUACAAAAUAAGUAAUGAACGAGUUAAGUUCUGCCUCUGGGAUUGUUAAAUGAUGUCUGGAAUUUAAAAAAAAGUUCUGGUGUUUUAAUGCAACAGAUUUGUGAUGAUUUGCAAUGAAGCUACAUUUGAAUUAUUUCCUAUCACUACGUUUAGUGUAAUGAAUAUUAAAAUGUGUUCUUAGGACAAAAAUGGGAAAUGUGUUUCAUCGUUUUAUACCAUUUUUAUAUCAUUAUUUAAACAAAAACCACUCCAACUGUGCAACGUUACUAGAAGUAACAGAAAAAUAACAGCUUUGUGAAACAGCUUUACUUUGCAUAAUGGUUGGGUUCAUGAAAGCCUGAAUAUUGUUGAAUUUUCAUCAGUUAGUUUGAAUCCAGCAUCCUGCAACCUUACUCCAUUACAAAUGAGGAAAAUGCAGAUUCUAUUUAUCCUUUAUUUAAUAUUAAUUUCAAUAUUAUGCAACAUGAUUCACUUAUAACCAUUUUUUACUAUUAUAGCAGCCUUCGUUUGUUUUCUAAUUUGGGGGUUUUUUUGGUCCAAAAGUGAACACACUGAUUAUUUCUUCCUCUUUUAAAACCAAAACAGGCUUUUUUUAUUUUAUUUUACAUGCUUAUACGCUGACAUCCCAGAAGGUGUAAAUGUGCCUAACUUUUACCAAAUGUCCCAGCAACGUUGAACAAGAAUGCCUUUGAAUCCCUUCUCUGAGUGUGUAAUUUAUAAAACUUCUGAAACUUUUAUGUAAAGUCCAUCAGAACAUGCUUUGUGUCAUGUUGCUUUGUCUCUUGGACUUAAGAAUUAUGGACCAAUAUAUUAAUAAUGUUACUUUCAUUUGUAAAUAGCGGUUUUGUGAAGCACAUUUAAAUCAUUCAUCUGUACUAGACUGAGUAUGAUUAAAAAAAUGUGUGAAAUUUAUUUCCAGAUGUCAGGACAUGCUACUCAUUUCUCCACCUAAUGUAUAUAAAAAAGAGAAUAAAUAAUUAUAUUUUA